AGGUGAAGCGUCCUGCCUGGACGGGCCCGGGAGAUUGACUAGUGGUGGGCGUAGCAGUUUCUUACCGGUUAGCUUCAAUUGCUGCCGCCUGGCACCGUGGUCUCCUAAAGAGGCUGAGAGAGAGAAACACGAGGCUGAGGGAUUUAGACUCGGAGAAGCUAAAGCCCUGCUUCUAACCUGUUUGCCACAGCCAUUAGUGAAGGAAACAAACCUUGUGGAGAAUAAGCCCGUGAUCCUUAACACCACCACCAUCACCAUUAUCAACUACUGACCAACUGACAUAAUGGACAGGUUGGAAAGCACUUUUGCAGAAAACCUGGAACCAGCCUAUUAUCAACUGACUCUUGCUCUCCAGAUUCUACAAUAUUAAAAGGAAAGAGAAUCUCCAAUGUCUUCAAGUAGGAAGUUUACAGAAUAUGACAAAAAGAAACUCCAGGAGGAAAACUCCAAAUUAAAGUGUGAACUAGAAGUUUUGAGAAAUCAAUAUGAAUGGCUCAUAGAAGAAGGGAAGAGUGAAUGUUUUGAUGAAAGACGCAUCAAUCUUUUGAAAGCUCAAGUCAUGCAGCUACAGAGACAGGUAGUUCUGCUUACAGAGGGAUUAAGUUCUCGGGCUGCCCUUUUGCUAGAGUUGAAUGAAGCUUUGAAUCCUCUCUCUGACAAACUCAGAUCUUUUCUUGACUGUAAUAGUCCUACUUGUGAAGUUCCAGUUGCACGGUCUGAACUGAGGCAAAUGAUUAAAAUGUGCCAAGGACUUCAAAGUAAACUGCAAAAAAACUAUCAAGCCACUCGCAUUGAGGAACUUGCGCUGCCUUGGUUGAUGUCAAGAAAGAAUGUCACUAAAUCGACAGUCACGCUUCUCGAUCUUUGCUAUGGGAAAAUGGACAAUUUAAAUUUACAAUAUGUGAGUGCCCUUGAAACAAAACUUAGCCAGUUGUAUAGACACCUGCAUGGCAUAAGGCAAACACUGAACUUCAUUCUAGCCCCAGGACAGGGGUCCCACAAGCAAUCUCUGCAAAUUCUCCCCACUGCUGUGUAUUCUAGGCUGAUAAAUCAAAUGAAGAGAUGUAAUCAGUCUUUGGAAGAAUGCUGCAGUGACUUGCUUAUUUUGACCCUUAUUGUACCUUCGGCACCCUGGGUGAAAAUACAAAGUUCCUCAAUCCCAGAAUUCACUGUAGAUAGUGUUCUAGCCAUACUGCCAGCAUUCCCCAAAGGGGCUCCUCAAGAAAAAGCCAAAAAGGCAGUUGAAGCACUGUUGAAGGCUACUAAUUAUGCCAAGCUAAUGACUAUGCAACAGAUAAAUGCCUUACAAGCAGAAGUUAAUUUCCAUAGAAGUAUCUACAACCUCCAAAUUAAAUACACCAAAGCUGUUUUCGAUGGUAUAAAGCAAGCCUACCACUCUUUUUUGGCAAAUAUUGAUGGUGUUCUGUGUUCACCACUAAGAGAUGUUCUUUCAUCUUAUAUAAACCUUACAUCUGAACCAUCAGACAGUACUUUCAAAAACUUUCUCGCUGUUUUAAAAAACAAUGUGGAACAGAUUCAAGAGGCAGUUGACACUUUGACUCCAUCAGAGAAUCCCCAGCAUGAAGGUGAUGAGGUCUUGUCGAAAUUUGGAAGAGAGUUUUUCCUUUCUUUAGAGCAGUCCCUCAAAGACUGUGGAGAGCAACGAGAUAAAGCAGCAAGAGAGAUGGAGGUCUUGAGGAUUGAGCUGGACCAAGCAGUAGCAGAACUUCAGAUUUUAAGAAGAGAACGUAGGGAGAAAGGAAUGGAGCCCCUUUCAAGAUUUUCAAAGUGGAAAGGGGAAGGUGGAAAAGUGUCGUGGACAGAAGACAUGCCAACCCAAAUGUCCACAUCCCUGUUUGCUCCUCAGAAGCAGAAACUGGUAGUUAAUUCCAUUUUUUCAAGUAAAGCAGAAAGUUCUCAAUCUUCCUCCUUGCAGCCUCAGGAAGAAACUACUGAGAGGGCUCCCAGCCGCUUCCGAGGGAAGAACUCCAGGAGUAAAGGUAUAAAACUCACAAGACUGUCUUCACAAGAUUAAUCAGGGAUCCCCAUUCAGUCAGCCCUGUAGUAUGUCUUUUGAUGUUCAUUCUAGGUGCUGGUUAACCUCAUGUGCCAAAAUGGAUUUCAAGCCUAAAAAGUAACUUUGAAGGGAAAGAUUUUCUAUAGAUAAAUCCUAAAGAGAUGAAAUGUGAAUGUCAUAAAAGUGAUGAUGAUUGUUCAUUUUCCUCUAUAAUUUUUCACUUUUGUAAUUUCAACAAAUGAUUGUAUUCUGGAACAAAUAGAUACAAUUCCUCACUGUUGCCUUUACUGGCUCCACGGACUGAGGUUUCUUAGAUUUCAACUAUCUGUCUCUUAAUUUAAUGACUGUUAAAAAGAAUCAUCUUCAGCUUUUAAUGCUGCUGGAAAUGAUAAAAAUUACACUACAGUACUUGAAAAUAAUAACACAAGUGCACUAAAAAUGUUUUUACAUGGAGCAAAUACUUUAGAAGUGCCUACUUUUGUUAGGUAUAAUUAAAGAAAAUUUAGCAAAAGAGCUUAUAGCAUGUAGCUAAUUUGUUUUUCAACUAGAUUUUCAUUUCCAAAAUCCCUUUGGAUAUUAAGGAUGUUCAGAUUUUAAAUUUGAUGUUUUGUUAACAAACAAAUAAAGUUGAAAUUUCAGGG